AUCUAUAUAAAUAGCUUCAACGUCUUCAGCAGAGCCUUCGUCAUCGGAGGAGCCUCUCAUACCUAUAUUUUCUCCUCAUCCUCAUUUUCUCGAUCGUGUUCUCUGUAUCUCCAAGCAAACCGAACAAAAUGACCAACGCAGCCUCGGGUAUAGCUGUGCAUGAUGACUGCAAGUUGAGGUUUCUUGAACUUAAGGCGAAAAGGACCUAUCGCUUCAUAAUUUUCAAGAUUGAGGAGAAGCAGAAGCAAGUUAUUGUGGAGAAGGUUGGUGAGCCAAACCAAGGUUACGAGGAUUUCACUGCAAGCCUUCCAGCUGACGAGUGCCGUUAUGCUGUAUAUGAUUUUGACUUUGUCACGGAAGAGAAUUGCCAAAAGAGCAGGAUUUGCUUCGUUGCUUGGUCUCCGGACACCUCAAGGGUUAGAAGCAAGAUGAUUUAUGCAAGCUCCAAAGAUAGAUUUAAGAGAGAGCUUGAUGCAAUUCAGGUUGAGUUGCAAGCAACUGAUCCAACUGAGAUUGAUCUUGAUGUCAUUAAGAGCCAUGCCAGCCAAAUAACCCCAGAAUCUGUCGAUUCAAAAAACUCCACUCAGCAUGGUCCAAACUCUCCGGCUUUUGUCUUAACAGAGGAAUGUGGAGCCUCUUCCAUAGAGAUAAUCCUUGAUCUACACCUUCCAACAACAAAAAUUUGUGCCAUCGGACUUCUCAGUGCCAACCUUCAUGUCUUCUUCAGACAUCAUUCAGCCUCGAACUCCUACCUUGGAGCUUUGAUACCAGUUGUUGUGCAAAAAAACACCACACCCACACACGAAAAUAACGAGAUAAAAAGUGAAAUAAGUGCAUAA